GUUUCAUAAAGGUUUUCGCAAAUAUUAGACAAAAAUGUAAAAAAUCCCCAUUGAAACGGUGUAACGGUGGAUGUGCAUUCACAACUAACAAAAAUGUCAUUAUGAAAAGAAAAGAGUUCUGAAGAAAUGAAAAUAAUAAAUUUCCAUCAAACAAAAAUGCCUUAUGUUCUUGAAAGAAGCUAAUUUACCAAGAUAAAAUUUUGUGUAAAAUUUAUAAUAAAUAAACAACAUAACAAUGUAAUACCUACAAAUCUACAAAAAAACACAAAAUGUGUAAACCUUACAAAUUCAUGAAAUGGAAGCAUUAUAGCCUCACAAUAAAUGCUUAAAGAGAGCAAAAAAAUUAUCAAAAAUCAAAGAAGUGUAAUAGAAAAUGUUUCGUGGGCUAUUAACGCCAAAAGCAGCUGCAAUUAUGCAUCAACUGAAAAUUAAAUCUAAAAAUGAUAAAAGUUAUAUAAGAAUUCUUUUUAAGAAAAUGUAAAAAAUAAUCAAAAUACAAAAAUAAAUUCCAUGACAAAGAAAGAAAGUGCAAAAAAAAAAUCCAGAAAUAAAAUCCAAAGUCAAGAAAAUAAAAUGAAAAUCAAAUAGCCAGAAACCACUUAAGAAAACCAAUAGGAAAAAAGUCACCACCAAACAACAGAAAAAAGCUUUCAAUCCACGUUUCUUUCUUUUUUUGCCAUUAAUGCCUCGUUUACAUCACACAAAAGCUUUUUGUGGUUUGUAAUGCGUGCAUUUGUUGCACGCAUUGUUGCAUCACCGGUUCCAUGUUUAAAAACGAACAGGAAGGUUUCGGCCCCUGUGAUGAGUACAUACGCGAAUAUGCCUUCGAACCGGAACUAUUGAUAACUCGCGAUGAAUAUCUGCGGCAGGAACAAGAAAAUCUACAGGCUGCCGGCAUAGUAUCGGCAGCCACAGCCUUGCGUCUCGACGAUGCCAAUAUAUCAUCGUUUCAGCGUCGCUCUAGCAAUGAUAUCUACAAUGAGCUCAAGAGCCAAGUCGAUAUUGAAAUUGAGGCUUUUUAUUCUAUGUAUGGUCGCUAUACCAAAGAUUUAGGAGAAUUUGCCAAAGAUGAAGCCAGAAAACUCAAACUCCUCCAGAAGCGAAGAAAAUUGGAGGACAAACAGAGGAAUAAGGAACUCCUAGGUAAACGUGAGUCACGUGCAUUUAAAGUCUCAUCAUGGAUAUGGAAACACACAUUUGCCCGUCUGGGCGAAGAUUGGGUAUUUUUAGCAUUGCUGGGCAUUAUCAUGGCCCUGCUGUCAUAUGUCAUGGACAAGGGCAUAUCAAUAUGUACAAAUGCUCGCGUUUGGUUAUAUCGGGACCUGACGUCACAACCCAUUGCUCAAUAUUUUGCUUGGGUCUCACUACCCGUCUGUUUAAUACUCUUCUCAGCGGGUUUUGUUCAUCUCAUAGCACCACAAAGUAUAGGUUCCGGUAUACCCGAAAUGAAAACCAUUCUACGUGGGGUGGCCCUCAAAGAGUAUUUAACAUUUAAGACAUUAGUGGCCAAGAUUGUUGGUUUAACGGCAACUUUGGGCAGUGGUAUGCCAUUAGGAAAGGAAGGUCCAUUCGUACAUAUAGCAAGUAUUGUAGCACAAUUAUUAAGUAAGCUAGUAACAUCAUUCCAAGGUAUCUAUGAAAAUGAGUCCCGCAAUUCGGAAAUGUUGGCCGCUGCCUGUGCAGUGGGUGUGGGAGCGUGUUUUGCAGCGCCUGUCGGCGGUGUAUUAUUUAGUAUAGAAGUAACUACCACAUAUUUUGCUGUUCGCAACUAUUGGCGAGGUUUCUUUGCUGCCGUUUGUGGUGCUACAGUCUUCCGUCUUUUGGCCGUUUGGUUUCAAAAUGUCGAUACCGUGCGUGCCGUGUUCUUAACAAAUUUCACCACAGAAUUUCCAUUUGAUCCUCAGGAAUUGUUUGUGUUCGCCUUAAUGGGAGUCGUUUGUGGACUGGGUGGAGCCGCCUAUGUUUGGGUACAUCGAAGAUAUGUUCUAUUCAUGCGUUCGAAUAAGAAAAUGAACAAGUUCUUGCAAAAAAACCGCUUUCUAUAUCCCGGUUUCCUGGCCCUACUGGUUUCCACAAUCUCCUUUCCUUUGGGCACUGGACAAUUUAUUGCCGGCGAAUUGGGCACGCACGAACAGGUGUCACAACUCUUCAGUAAUUUCACGUGGUCCCGUGAAGAUUUGACUGUCGAACAGGCGGCCAUUGUUACGCAUUGGGUAACACCCUACACAAAUGUUUUCAUCAAUCUGACCUGUUAUGUGGUGUUUACAUUUGUGUUCUCUAUCAUUGCCUCAACCAUACCCGUGCCAUCGGGUAUUUUCAUACCAGUAUUCAAAAUUGGUGCGGGUCUGGGACGUUUGAUUGGCGAAAGCAUGCACUUGUGGUUUCCCAAUGGUGUGCGCUAUGGCGGCCGUUUGUCACCCAUCAAUCCCGGAGGCUAUGCCGUUGUGGGCGCUGCCGCCUUCUCGGGGGCUGUCACUCAUACGGUGUCGGUGGCGGUGAUUGUCUUCGAAAUGACCGGCCAGAUAACCCAUGUGGUACCGGUGAUGAUAGCCGUGCUCAUAGCCAAUGCUAUAGCGGCACUGCUGCAACCCUCUAUGUACGACAGUAUUAUAUUGAUCAAGAAGUUGCCAUAUCUGCCUGAUUUGUUGCCCUCCAGUUCGGGUAUGUAUAGCAUCUACGUGGAGGACUUCAUGGUGCGCGAUGUCAAAUACAUUUGGCAGGGCAUCACCUAUCAACGCCUCAAGGAGGUGCUGAAGAGCAACAAGGCGCUGCGUUCUCUGCCCCUGGUGGAUAGCCCAGAGAAUAUGAUACUGCUGGGGUCGGUGCAACGCUAUGAGCUCAUCAAGAUGAUUGAGAAGCACAUAGGCCGUGAGAAACGCAUGGAGGUAGCCCAGAAAUGGAAGAAAGAGGCCGAAGAGAAACAACGCGAGGAGGAACGCAAGAAACAGGAGGCUGAGCAGCGCAUGCGUAGACCCUCCCGCUUUGAGGUGCUGCCAGCGCCCGACAUCCUCAGUUUGAGGCAAAUAGCCAACGAUGAAAUGUUGCCACCCAAAAAGAAGCAGGAAUCCCUCAACAACACCCUGCAACCGAGAAAAUCCAUUUUGAAAAAGACAAAUUCGUUUAAUUUAAAAGCCUUCACCUCACCUACCUCAUUGAAUAGUCCUAACAUAACGCCCUAUACCACCAUAACCGGUACCGAGUAUCGCAUACGCAAUGCCUUCGAGGCAAUCUUCAAAAAGUCCACCACCUUGCAAGAUGUUCAGCCCACCGAUGGCCAGGAAGCGGGUUCAAUAUCGGCAGCAGCCAGUACGGGUGACAUGAUGACACCGGGUACGCCAACAGUGCAACGGGCGCCCAGCACACCGGGCAUCUCCAAAAAAGUACAAUUGCAUGCACAAACCAAGCCUCGAGCCGUGGAGGUUGAAAAUAUGCAAGUAACACACGGUACCCUAGCAAAUUCUAAAAAACAUCUGCCAACGCGUCCUAAAAAGAUAUCCAUUUGCAUUUAUGAUCCCAAUGCUGUUCCUCUGCCGUCGAUAUUAAGCAAUUCGGAAAAAUGUAAAGAUCUCUACUAUCAUACCCUGAAUGAAGCGGACUUUGAUGCCAUAACUCUGGAAAAUACAAAACAAAACAAAGUCAAUAAGCCUACGAUUAAGUCGAUUUUGAAAAAACAUGAUAAUUUAAAAUUGCUCCUGAGAAAGUCAAAACUAAAUGCAAUGAAAAAUGAAAAUUCUGAAUCAACACCCCAUAGUGGGGAGAAUUCAGAGGGACAAAGCGAUAAUGAGCAAAAUUCAAAGAGCGUUACCUAUGACAAUGUAAGUGAGGCCAAAGAGAACGAUACACAAAAUGAGAAGGAUAAAAGACCCAGUAUUAGCGAACCCUUGCAUCCCAAUCACAAAGCAUUGUCCCAUAAAGGCAGUAAAAGGGUCCAAUUGCCAAGAGAACGUGUCAUCGAUAUGUCACCCGAGGAUCAAAAGAAAUGGGAAAUGGAAGAAAUGCAAAAGCCCAUCGAUUUGGAAAAGGCCAAAGUCAAUAUUGAUCCCAGUCCAUUUCAGCUGGUGGAAAGAACCUCUAUACUCAAAGUACAUUCACUGUUCUCCAUGGUGGGAAUCAAUCAUGCAUAUGUCACAAAGAUCGGCAGACUGGUGGGUGUGGUGGGUUUAAAGGAGCUUCGCAAAGCCAUUGAAGAUAUCAACAGCAACAGUUUUGUGAUAACAAAUCAAUUAAAAGACACUGAUCCCACAGAUGUGGAAAAUAGUUCGGCGGAAAAGCCAUUGCUAACGCCGCCACCCCAAGACAGUAGUGAUAAGCAGGUGAAUAUGACAGUGACCUCCAUGGAUUCGGCCCUGUCCAAUUCCGACAAUUGUUCGGACAUUGAAUUGGAAAAUAUACACAAGACCACAUCGUCGUCGUCGUCAUCGCCUUCGCCCACAACAGAGUUGACAAGCAAUGCCAGACCCAUAUCGCCGCUGGCUAGAGAAACUUCGCCAAGAAGAAAAUCCCCGCCGCCUGAAAAUCCCAAUUCCACAGAUUCACCCAGUCGAGAUGCGACAAAAGAGUGAAACUGAAAAAAAAAACAUUAGGUUGCUUAGGUUUUAAGAAAAACAAAAAAUUAAAAAAAAAACUAAGAAUUCUAUUCAAUAACUACUUACCUACAAGUUUUUUUUUUUUUAACUAAGAUUUUAGGCCAGCGAAAAAAAUCCCAAUUUUUUUUUCAAGUUUUAGUUAAAAUUUUUUUUUUAACAAAGUGAUUAUUUUUGUUAAUUACUUUGUCUGUGCUUUCUUUUAAUUUAAAAAAAAAAAAUAAAACUGUAAACUGUACCAUAAUGGUUAUAUAUACACAUACAUAUAGAAGUAUCUAGUGAUUUAAGUGUAUAUUAUUCUGUAAUUUAUUAUUGCUUAUGAAUUUAAUUCAAAAUUCAAAUUUUUGUUGAAAACUAGUUUCUAAGAUGUUUUUGUUCCAAGAAUUAAAUCGCAAACUAAAGGGAAAAAUGUUUUGCUUUGCAAUACAAUUCUCAACCCCUUCCACUUUGACCUAAUUAUUAAAUUAGACACUUUUUUCUCUAAAGAAAAGUUAUAUCAAAUAAGAUUAUGUAUAAACACCUACACUAAUGGCAAAGAAAACCAAAAGGAAAAUCUUUUAAGUAUACCAUAAUCAUAGUUAGACACAUACAUACAUACAUACAAACCUACAUACGUAUAUAGUACAUGUAAUUAGUUAGGUAAAUAUUUAAAGAAAAUUUCACCAAAAAUUACAAAAAAUUAUAGUAUUUGUUAAGAACCAAAAAAACAAAACAAAA